AUGUUAACUGGUUUAUCAUCUAAUUCACCCAUAAAUGGUUAUAGCCUGGGGGAUGCCAUAUAUCUCGGCCACGAUUAUAGUAUAUAUCGUGGUAUAGAUAGAAAUGGAAACACUGUAAUCAUGAGAGCGGCUAGAGAGGCUGACAAGCGUUAUAUGGUAGGUACGUCUCCCUGUAACAUGUUUAUACGAAAGGGUAUACAUUAUUUCAUAUAUCCCUCACAAAGUUUUGAAGAAGAAGGGAUGGAUUAUUUUAGUUAUAAUUUUGAUUGUUCUGAAGAAUCAAAAGAUGCUGAAAAAAUUGCAAGGUCCUCACAUCUAUGUAUGAGCCCUCUGGAUAAACAGAACGCACUUGAAUCUCCAUCAAGGGAUGAUCAUACACGGAAAUCGAAAGAAAAUUCUAUCUGCUCCGGUCCUUCAUCCAAAUCUAAAAAGACAAGCAAAAUAGCUUCAACAGGCAGGUACAAGUUUGCAGCUGAUAUACGCAAUAAUAAAAUUACCAGGACGAUAUUAAAGGUAGCAAACCCUUCAGAUAAAAAGCAUAACAUAACGCAAUAUGAGCAGGCUUGCGAAAGAAAAGAAACUUCUGAGAUAAGUUACAGAGAAAAUGAGCGAGUUAAUGAUGAAUAUAGUGAUCUUUGUAGCGUUGAUAAUUAUACUAGCGAUUCUGAUGAUAAUAGCUGCGACGAAGAAGACAGUGAACUAGAUACUGGGGACAUAAUGCAUGGAAGACUGGGGUACUAUAACCGUGGCACCCCAAAAAUAGUAUUGGACCAAGAAUGCAAUUUAAAAGGCCAGUGUGAGUCGAAGCUAAAAGCGAAAACACAAUUUAAGGGACAAGCUGAAAAAAUUACACCGAUUCUUAACAAAUGCAAUCAUAAUUCUGUUCAACAUGUUCUCAUAGAAAGCCCGAUGACAAAGAUAAUACAUGUCGAGCACAAGCAGCUAAGAAAGACUCCGAUCCCAAAAACUGUAAAAAAAGAGCAGUUCACUGAGCACUAUGAUUUUAGUGCACUUUCGUUUAACGGAAAGGAACAAACCAUUAAUCGUGAUGCAUUGGGUAAAUCAAAAUUUGAGCUAAAUAUGGUACAGAGUUCAAUGUUAAAAAGGCGGGGUCUAUCUAAAGUUGAAUAUUGCACCUGA